CACACACAACCGAACUUCAACACGAAGGAUCCUAAUGCCGUAAGCGACUCCCUGGUUAGUUUAACUUCCUUUUUUAAAAAAAAACUAGCACCGACAAACAAUCUCAACCAGAUCAGAAGGAGCGCAGUGGAGAAAGAGGGGUAGACUUUUUUGGUUCGCGUCGGCAAAAAAAAGAAAGAAAGAAAAGCGGUGCCAAUGGAAGAGGAUAACCGCAGCCAACCAGCACGAGUAUUUUUUAGAAAAACAAAAAGUUAACUUCCUGUUUCGGGGUGGUCCUCUGAGUCUGAGAAUGGAUUGCACACAGGCUGCUACGGUCUGUGCGGCUUGCAGGAGAGAGUAGCCGAAUGACGGGAGUUAUUUCGUCUUCCCUCGCUGUGUUUUUGAACGGGACCUGGCGGAAAACUUUUUGAGGAGAUACCGCUGAGGAGAAGGGAGAGGGAGUUUUGGAGGAACGCGCGGUCCUGUCUUUGUGGUGGAUAACGUUCCCUCUGUUUUCCGAAAUCUGGUCUUCCGAAUCAAAGGAGCUUUAUUGGAAAUUCUCAAAAUCCCCGGGGGAAGACCGUCCGAGGAAACACAUCAGUUCAUUGGGAUCAAAUUCAGGCCACCAACCGAUGCAGACGUUCCCCACUUUUCGUAAAAGGGCUUGACGACAGUAUCCCAGGAUUCCAAGCUCCAAUGCCAGUUGACAUGCAGCCACACCAGGGCCUGUAUCACUAUGAGUCUGGCCCCAGUCAGCCAGCCAGAGGUCUGGCUCCAUCUGGCAGCCCUGUGUACUCUGAUGUAUCUCUGGUCCACCCUCCGCCCCACAGCAGCCAGCCUGCAGCCAGCAGACCCAUGUUCAACCCCAUGCCCCCUGCCAUGACUCCAGGUUCCUGCAUGGACCCUUAUCUGCGGUCGCCCCAUGUUCACCCCUCACUGAGCAUGAUGGGACCCCGUGGCCUGCCUCCUGCUGAGGGAGGUACCGGAGGCCCCUACUGCAACCAGAAUAACCUGAUGGCCACCCACCACAGCUUCGGGGUGAACCCAGCCGACAGCGAACACAUUGGCUCGGGAGAUGGAUCUCGGUUCUCCACUCCCCGCUCCAUGCUGAAGCUCAGUAAGAAGCGUGCCCUGUCCAUCUCUCCCCUCUCCGACGCCAGCGUGGACCUGCAGACCAUGAUCCGCACCUCGCCCAACUCACUGGUGGCCUACAUCAACGCCCGCUGCGGGUCUGCCAACGGCUCCUACGGGCACCUGUCUGUGGGUGCCAUGAGCCCAUCUCUGGGAUACUCCUGCUCGAUUAACCACCAAGCCAAGCCUCCGGGCUCAAUGUUCAGCCCUGGUCCUCCCCUCAGCCACCCCCCCCACGGACCCCAGCCCCCUCCACGCCUGCUGUCACACAACCCCCGGCUCCACUGCCCCCCGAAGCACUGCCACAUGAAAACAGAGCCAGUGAUGGGAGGCUCGCUGGACAGCCUGAGUGUGAAGGGCCUGGAGGAGAGAUCAGAGGGGGACGUGCCCAGCCCCUCCUCCACUGGGACACAGGACCCACUGAUGGGAAUGCUGGAUGGUCGGGAAGACCUGGAGAAAGAAGACGGGAAACCGGAGCCAGAGGCUGUGUACGAGACGAACUGCCACUGGGAGGCCUGCAGCAAGGAGUUUGACACCCAGGAACAGCUUGUCCAUCACAUCAACAAUGAGCACAUCCAUGGGGAGAAGAAGGAGUUUGUGUGCCACUGGCAGGACUGUUCACGAGAGCAGCGCCCAUUCAAGGCCCAGUACAUGCUGGUUGUCCACAUGAGGCGGCACACUGGAGAGAAACCUCACAAAUGCACUUUCGAAGGCUGCAACAAGGCGUACUCUCGCCUGGAGAACCUCAAGACUCACCUGCGCUCUCACACCGGAGAGAAGCCGUACGUGUGCGAACACGAGGGCUGCAACAAGGCCUUCUCCAACGCCUCAGACCGGGCCAAGCACCAGAACAGAACCCACUCCAACGAGAAACCCUACGUGUGCAAGAUCCCCGGCUGCACCAAGCGCUACACAGACCCCAGCUCGCUCCGCAAGCAUGUGAAAACCGUCCAUGGCCCCGAGGCGCACAUCACCAAGAAGCACCGCGGGGAUACGGGGCCCCGCCCUCCAGGAGCCAGUCUGCCCGCUUCUGGACAGGGCCAGGAGCUACACCUGGAGAAGGAGGAGGGCCGCCGGGAGGACUGCAAGUUGCUCGUGCCAGACAUCUUGCUAAAGUCUCAGCCCAGCCCUGGAGGCCAGUCAUCAUGCAGUAGUGAGAGAUCCCCUCUGGGGAGUGCCAACAACAAUGACAGCGGAGUGGAGAUGAAUGCCAAUGCCGGCGGCAGUCUGGAAGACCUCACUGCCCUCGAGGAGGGUGUGGCAGGGGAAGGAGUGGGCACAGCGGGCAUGUCCGCCCAGGCCUUGAAACGGCUCGAGAACCUGAAAAUUGACAAGCUGAAGCACAUUCGCCGACCGACGCCCCCCAGCCGUAACGCCAAACUUCCAGCACUCCCCAGUACCACAGGAGAGAUGCUGUCCAUGUGUGGCCCGUCACCAAUGUUGUCAAACCGGAGAGUGAUGGAGCUGUCCAGUAACGACGUAGGAGCUUCCGGGCAGCUGAAUGAGCGUCGCAGCAGUGGCACUAGCAGCGUCAGCUCUGCCUACACGGUCAGCCGGCGCUCCUCCAUGGUCUCACCCUACCUCUCCAGCCGCCGCUCCAGUGAAGUGUCGCAGAUGGGAGGGUACCCACAAAACUUAACGGGCAAGGACACAGAAGACCCCCUCUCUCCCGAGACCAGUCGUAAAGCGGCCGUGUGCAGGGGAGGAGGUGGUGGUUUGCCAGGCCUCCCCAACCUUACCCCAGCACAGCAGUACAGCCUCAAGGCAAAAUAUGCUGCGGCCACAGGUGGCCCCCCACCCACGCCUCUGCCCAAUAUGGAGCCCCAUGGGACCAACUCUAGGAUGGGCGUCAUGAGUGAAUACCACGGCCAGCCUGUGCCCCCAUUCCUACAGCAGGGAAUCAACCGUAGGAACAGCAGCAACGAUUACAGCAGCUAUGGCACAGGCAUCAUCCAUCCACACCAGGCACCUGGCAACGGGAUGAGAAGGGCCAGUGACCCAGUAAGGUCUGGCACCGAUCAGCAGUCUGUGCCUAAAGUCCAACGCUUCAACAGCCUGAACAAUGUCAACAUGCCCAUGAUGGGACGACGAAAUGCCACCACUACCACCCUCCAGCAUUUUGGAGGGUCAGAAGCCAGCUUCCUCAGGCAUAUGUAUUCCCCUCGCCCACCCAGGAUCAGUGAGAACGUCAUGCUGGAAGCAAUAGCAUCUAUUGAACCUUCCUCUACCAGUAACCAGCCAAGGAAUCCCAACGUGAUGAUGAAUCCAACUGACAGCAUGGGGUACCUCGAUUACCACCAGGGUUCAAACCAGCUGUCUCCUGGUCAUGAGAACCUGAACUGCAGUGAGCAAGGCUACCAAGCAGUAGACAUGCAAGGUCAAGGGCUGUUUCACAAUCAGCACAGGGAAAUGGGCAGUUUACAGGUUGGGCAAGUGGAGGCCAUGCAUCAGGGAGGAAUGGCUGGCACUAUGAUACAGCAGACAGGGUAUGGGAUGACCACCUGCCAGCUGAGCCAUUCUAAUCUUCAGUACCAAAACCUUGGACAAACUAAUGAAAAUGAGAGCAUACCCACACAGUGGUGUGAACCCAACCCAGCCAGCAUGGACCAGCACCCCAACCAACAUGGGAUGCAGUCAAGCAUGGCGUCAGGCAGCAGGCAGUAUCCAGAACAAGGUUCUGUGGUGCAACAGCCGACACGGAGCCACCCCAGUCUUGUUGGUCCAGAUAACAACCGCAACCAGCAGGCCAUGUUCAAUAACAACAAUCAGAAGCUACCGCAUCAGCAGGCCAUAAAACCUGAGGAGCAGUUCCACCUCUCCCACCAAUCUUCCAACCCCUGCCGGAACAUGAAGCAGCAGCAGCACAUGCCACCCCCACACAACUACCGGCAGCCAGGCCAGAUGAUGAUGAGAUCUGGAGCCCCAAGUUGUGAGUUCCAGGGGCAGAUGGACAAUCAGCAGCGAGGCUCCUUCAACAAUGCAGGGAUGGUGGGUGGAUCUCCCUUGCGUGAUGGGAGGCGGUCUCAGACUCCCAUGAUGCAUGUGAAGGAGAUGAUGGUGCGGAAUUAUGUGCAGUCCCAGCAGGCGCUUAUGUGGGAGCAGCAGCACGACCGGGGUGAAAUGGGCGUGCCCCUCCCUCCUCCUCAGGCGCCUAUGGCAGAUAAAAUGGAGCUGGAUGGUCCUGUGCAGUUGAUGCAGCAUAGCCCCCAGCAGCAACAGCCAUAUAACGGGAGUGCUUACAUGGGCUACCAAAACCAAAAUCUUCUGAGUCCCUCAUCACACAAUGGGGGAGGAAGCUCAGGGCACUCCAAAGACCUUCUAAGCCCAAACAGCCAGUGCUAUGGGCAGGAUGUGGUGCCCAGGCCACCACAAGUGCGCAAACCAAUGAGUCGACAAAACAGCCUAACUCACCAGCAGGGGUACUUGGGUAGCCCACCUCAUCUCAGCCCAGGGCAUGAGGCUACUUCCAGCCCCAGGAGGAAUAUCCGCUUACCACCAGUCCAACCUCAUCCAGAAAUAAAUCCUGGCCCUCCUUCUAGCGGUAACGUUAAUAACAGUACUCCUGCCAUGUUUUACUCUGGGCAGAUCCAGAUGCAUCCAGAUGUGGGCAAGCAGCUUGACAGGCAAGAGUCACAGCAAGGGAUCUGCAUGAACCAACAGCACAUGGGCCAAUUGGACCAGAACAAGUCAGCCUCUUUGGCGUAUUCUGAAUCUGUACAAAUGUCAAACACUCUGGACAAUCUGGACCUAGAGAAUGCGCAGAUAGACUUUGCUGCAAUCAUCGAUGACCAGGAAUCCUCCUCUUCAAUGCUGCCCGGCUCCUUUAGUCCGCACCCUGUGCAGGGCUCGUCUCAGACGUCCUCACGCCUUACUACGCCACGAAACUCCCUCACUCUGCAGUCUGGCCUGUCCAACAUGGCUGUGGGGGACAUGACUUCCAUCCUGACAUCUCUCGCUGGAGAGAACAAGUAUCUCAACACGCUGUCAUAGAAAUGGCAGGCUGUGUAAAGCCUUAAAAACUUACACGCACACAACGACUUAAGCCACAGAGAGACUAUCUUAUGAACUACUAGCCAAACCAAAGGUGCCUGUUGGACAGCCUCACAUUACCUUCAAUGUGGCUUCAAGGAGAUUUUUACUUUUUUUUAUCUUAGGGUCCAAACUUAGAGGGAGACAGUGACAGGUGGUGUUUACAUUUCAUUGAAUUAAAAUAACACAUGCAUACUGCUUAUAUGAAGAUCCUACCAUUGCAGAAAAUGAUGAGUACAACUAAUGUGUAUUUAAAAAUACCUAAAAGAUUUGAGGAAGUGCUGGAAUUUUCCAAACAGUGCCUCAUGUGCCUUCUCCUGCAGCCUGCCUGCAGUGCCUUACACUGCUUACAGUAGACUGCUGCAUUAAAGGGGUUCCCAGCAAAGCCUUAACAGACUUUAAAAAUUGCAACUAAAAUUCCUGAAUACAGGACGACACACAGAGAGAUGCCCAUGUUCAAAUGGAGUAUUCAGAAUUAAAUCUAAACCGUAUCUAUAGUCAGGCCCUUAUUUAUAAGCUCCUUUGAUCCAGACCGCUUCCCUCUUCAGCUCUUGUUCAAUUCAGCACAAUGAGCAUGACACUUUAAAGGUACAGGCAGAGAGGCUAUUUGUUAGUUUUGAAAAUGCAGACUGGAAAUUUGAAGGCAAAAAAACAAAACAAAAAAUUUGGACUGCGUGUCUGACUGAAUGAUUCAGUGCCAUUAGGCGUGACAGUAAGUGCCUUCGCCUUGCUUGGGCACUGCAAUACUUCUGUGCCACUAUGAUAGACAGGUGUGGGCGAUAGAAAGUCAGGCAACUUUGGGUACAAAAGAGAAGAUGUGAUUGCGAAUCUGAAGAUCAAGUUUGUCACAGAAUUGACAUAUGCUACCUAUCUGAAACUUUAUGAUAUGCCUUUGACAAGUACAAGCAUUUGGAUUUUGAAUUAAACAUGGACAUUGAUUGCAGUGCCCCUGCAGAAUGUACGCCUGGUUUGUAUGGAUACACAGCACUGGCCUGGAGUGUGCUCUGUGCACGCAAUGAUCAUUGUGAUCCCCUCACCAUCAUUUCUGGCUGAUUUUCAUGGUUUUACGUAAUCAUGUAUUGCCCAUGUUUUAUAUGUGCACAGUAACCGUAAGCUGGAAUGGGUUUUACUUUUAAGCCCAGACAAUGGGAAGGCUUAACAGGAACUCACUUCGGCUUGGUGUGCUUUUUAUCCUGACAUAUUACAAUUGCCAAGCUUUCUUUGCUUUCAGUGACUUCAUAGCAAAUGUUUUUAAAUUUCUUUUAAAACUCUAACUUCACACCACAUUCAACGCAGGGAAUCACAUUCCUAACGGAGGCCUUUAUACAUACUAUGAACACACGCUUCUGCAGCACACCCCAAAUACAACACCGCCUGCCAACUUAGAAAAGCUACAGAACACUAAAACAAAACCUGAGCAGUAUUCUCAAAAUGUAUUAUGUUAAAUAUGUCAUAAAAAAAGCAAAAGGGGGACUUUGCUGAAAAGCUACUUUUGAGUACCUCAAGUGUAAAUUACACAUAUCUGACUCUAAUUUUAGGUGCAUUGCUAUUGUAAUCAGAAUCCAACUUUCAUUCCAGUUCAGAAUGGAGUCCUUGACUCUUUCUCACAGUUAUCUUUCAAUUCUUUUCUCUAAGAUCAGUUUGAUAUGAUCAGUAACAAGAUGGCUUGCUUUCCACCUUUCCUAACACCGUGCCACUGAACAGUCACAGGGGAUCAAAAUUUUAGUAAUGAAACUAUGUAUAAUUAUAUACAUUGUAGACCAAAAAAUGCAGAACGAAUAGGCACCAUACUUUGUGUGCUGUCCUAUGUGUGGCAUUGCAGUAUAGCAUUUAAGAGUAGGUCUAAAAGGAUGAGCUGCAUCUUUAGAACCAGCUUUUCUUGAGUUUGGAACGAUGUUGCUAAAGUGAUCGAAACACGCCCGAUUAGUUAACUCCGUCUCAUAAUUGAUAUUUGAAUUACAGUAACAGAACAGGCUACAAAAAUGAAUCAUUCAGAUUUGAAAGUCAUGUAGCCAUUGCUGAAAACGGCUUCCUCUGUACCUUUAAGUGGGUUACAAUUCCCGCACAGCAAAACAUAGUGUACCAUGUCUUACAUACAGUGUGUAUAUAUAUAGUGGCCAUGCUAUUAUUUUAUUUAACCUAUGCAGGUUACAGUUCAUUUUAAAGUAAACUAGGUUGUCUUCUUUCCCUUUGCUAACCCUUGAUGUUUUUUUAGCAAUGCUAAAUUCUGUGUUUGGGGAACCAAAGAUGACUUUGAUCAACAUUAAAAGCAGAUUAAAACAAUGCAUGAAAAGUAUGUAGAUUUCUUUUUAAAAAAUCCAACCCUAACUGCCUGAUGUUUUGGGGGUAAAGAUGUAACAUAGAAUGUAAUGGCUUUCGUGUAGUAGAAGGUCACUUUUUCAAUAUCUUGUAAUUUUGCAAUAUUAGCAUUUCUAUAGCUUGUAAUCUUUCAGUUUUCACAAAACCCUUUGCUGGCAAAAGAAUUUAAUAAUAUCAGCAUUUAUUGCACCCAUACAGGUACUCAAGUGAUAUAUUUUUGUGAACUUUAAAAAAAAAUGUUUUUAUACAUAUGUAUUAUACUGUAUUUUAUUGGUUUUUAAAUAAAUAGAUGUUCAACAUGUG